AUGAUUGUUUCAUGUGUGCGGUGCUCAUUGGUCUACAAAUCAAGUAAAAACUGUGGGCGAAUUAGCAGUUAUACACAAUAUAUAAAACAGUAUGACUUCUCUAAUGUUCGUGGUAUUGUUCUAUCGACAACAUUGAAGAUUUCAAAGAAAAACAACAUUUCCGUCAACGUAUAUACUUGCUAUCCAGAUAGCAAAGCUGUUGUUCCUCUCAAAAUCUGUAAUCUAGAAAAGGAAAAACACGUCGAUCUGUUUUUGUAUAAUCAACAUUAUUAUACAAUUGCACAUUUCAAUAGAUUAGCAUCACAUAAUGAUAAAAGAGCAAGACACUUCUGUAAACGUUGUUUUUGUUCGUUCCGAACAAAAGAAAGAUUGUUGUUCCAUACAAAUGAAUGUCAAAAAACAACAGCACAAAGACUGAUUUUACCUGAUGUCAAUAAUUCAACACUCAAGAGAAACCAAUAUCGUAAAGAAGUUCAAUUUCCAGUUAGUAUUUAUGCUGACUUUGAAACCUUGAAUGUUAAAAACGAGAGUGAACCUGAUGAAGUCAGUGACUUAGUCCCUUGUAGUUACGGGCUAGUUGUUGUUGAUUGGAACGGUGUUAUUAUCUGUAGUGAUUUUUACCUUGGUGAUGAUGCAGGUAAAAAGUUCUUAGAAAAAAUCAUAAGCUUAGAACCUUUCAUUCGUGAUCAUAUUGUACAGAAUAUCAAACCUCUCUCGUUAACUUACGAUGAAGAAAAACAAUUCAAAGAAGCAACCACGUGUCACAUUUGUUCCAAACCAUUAGGAUCUGAUAUUCGUGUUCGUGAUCAUGAUCAUCUCACUGGUAAAUUCAGGGGUGCAGCUCAUCAACCCUGUAAUCUAGAGUAUCAAGUUCCGACACAAAUUCCAGUUGUUUUUCAUAACUUGAAAAACUUUGAUGGUCACAUAAUCAUCAAAGCUCUUGACUCAUCAAUGUUCAAAGAGAAACCUCAAAUUAUUGCUCAUUCAACAGAAAAAUUUAUCGGUUUCAUCAUUGACAAUUUCAAGUUCAUGGAUAGUUUUGCUUUCCUCUCAGCAAGUUUGGAUGCUCUGUCAGCCAAUUUAACAACUGAUGAUAAAUUAUUCUAUCUGAAUCAGAUAUUCACAGAAGAGGUUUACAACCACGUGAAGGAUGUUUGGAUUAGCUUCGAUUGUACAUCAUUAAGAGAUCUCCAUGACAUAUACCUUAAAACUGAUGUCGUACUAUUAGCUGCAAUAUUUGAAAAUUUCCGAAAGAUGGCAAUUAAAAGUUUCGGUAUUGAUCCUCUUCAUCAUUUUUCAUCCCCUGGUCUCACUUGGGCUGCAGCUCUAAAAACAACAUCAAUUGAACUUCAGAUUUUUUCUGAUGUCGAUAUGUUGUUGAUGAUCGAAUCAGGUAUCCGAGGUGGUUUGACUAUGGUAAGUCAGAGAUAUGCAAGAGCUAAUGACCCUGAAUUACCCGAUUACAAUCAAACAGAAUCUAAAAGUAAAAUGUUAUACUUGGACGUCAAUAAUCUUUAUGGUUAUGCUAUGUCUCAGUACUUACCUGUGGAUGGUUUUGAAUGGUGUGACGUACCAUUAGAGAUAGUUUUAAACACAGCAGGUUCAGGAAGUGUUGGUUAUAUACUCGAAGUUGAUCUCGAGUAUCCAUCUGAACUUCACGAUUCUCAUUCGGACUUUCCUUUACACAAAAAUUGA